GGAGAAGCCGGCAGAAUGAAGCAGGUGAGAAAGGCGCUAACUGUGAAGAAUGAGCUGGUCAGACAGUGCAUGGGGGAGCUCCUUGGCACCUUUGUUUUAUUGCUGUUUGGCUGCGCGGCAGCUGCCCAGGUGAAGACCAGCCGCGAGACCAAGGGUCAGUUCCUUUCCGCCAACAUGGCCUUCUCCGUGGGGGUGAUGGCUGCCAUGUACAUCUGCAAGGGGGUCUCAGGAGCUCAUCUGAACCCUGCUGUGUCUCUGAGUUUCUGUGUGCUGGGCCAGAUGUCCUGGAAGAAGCUUGUGCCAUACUCUCUCUCCCAGCUCCUGGGGGCCUACCUGGCCUCCGGGCUCGUCUUCUGCGUCUACUAUGAUGCCAUAAUGGAGUUUAGUGGAGGUGUUCUGACGGUGACUGGGCCCAAUGAGACAGCCUCCAUUUUUGCCACUUACCCCAGUGAAUAUGUUUCCCUGACAAGCAGCUUCCUUGACCAGGUGAUAGGUACGGCUGUGCUGAUAGUGUGCUCGCUGGCUCUUGGGGACCGGAGGAACAGUGCAGCCCCUACUGAGCUGGAGCCACUGAUGGUGGGGCUAGUCAUCUGGGUCAUUGGACUCUCCAUGGGAUCCAACUGCGGAUACCCCCUGAACCCAGCCCGAGACCUGGGCCCAAGGGUCUUCACCUAUCUGGCUGGCUGGGGAAGUGAGGUAUUUAGUGCUGGCAAUGGUUGGUUUUGGGUUCCUCUUGUGGCACCGUUUGUUGGUGCUCUCGUUGGUGCAGCCUUGUACUACUUCUUCAUUGAGAUCCAUCAUCCGCCACUGGAAGAAUCAGCAAAUGGAGAUGCCCUCUGUAUUGGCAAUAAGAUACUGAAGCUGGAAGUGCCUGACCAGGACAUCAAUGCGCUUAAGUCCUUCAAAAAGGAUGAGAAUUUGGACAAUGUGUGAAAAUAAUUAAAAAAACUCAGUUUCUCCUUGUACAGAAUCCCCCUUGUAGUGGUGUUAUUUUUAAUUUUGAAAGGUAGACGUGUUAAACAGAUUUUUGAAUUUCACUUUCACCUUGUACAGAGUGUCAUUGUAAUGGUGUUAUUUUUGUUUUAAGUGUGUUUUAUAUUAAAUUUAGUACUGAUCCAA